AGGUGUCGUUUGUUACUAAUUGCGUUCUCGUUUCUUUGUUGAUGAUGUCUGAGGAAGGGACUGAGUUUGGCUACAUAGUGGAGUUGCUAGAAAAAGGCAAGGUUACCAUUAAGAAUAUUGAACGAGAGCUCAUCUGCCCAGCAUGCAAGGAGUUAUUUACCCACCCACUUAUUCUCCCUUGUCAACACAGUAUCUGCCACAAAUGUGUAAAAGAAAUUCUGUACUAUACAUUUGAAGAUUCGUUCAAUGAUGCUGCCUCAGAGACUUCCAAUCAAAGUAGCCCUCGCAACCGAAUGCAUUCCCCUAGCUUGGAUAGACUUGACAGGGUUAAUAGAUCAGGUUGGAAACGCAAUUCAUUGACUCCUAAAACAACUACCUUCCCUUGUCCUGGAUGCCAGCAUGAUGUUGACCUGGGAGAGCGUGGCAUCAGUGGCCUAUUUCGCAACUUCACCUUGGAAACUAUUGUAGAGCGAUACAGGCAGGCAGCAAGGGCAGCGACAGCCAUUAUGUGUGAUCUCUGCAAACCACCUCCGCAAGAAUCCACAAAGAGCUGCAUAGAUUGUAGUGCAAGUUACUGCAACGAAUGCUUCAAAGUACAUCAUCCCUGGGGAACUGUAAAAGCCCAACAUGAAUAUGUGGGACCAACCACCAACUUCAGGCCUAAAAUAUUGAUGUGUCCAGAACAUGAAAUGGAGAGAGUAAACAUGUAUUGUGAAAUAUGCAGAAGGCCUGUUUGUCAUCUUUGCAAAUUGGGCGGCACACAUGCAAACCACAGAGUGUCUACCAUGAGCAGUGCUUACAAAACACUCAAGGAGAAGCUUUCACAGGACAUAGACUACCUCAUUAGUAAGGAGAGCCAGGUGAAAAGCCAGAUUACAGAGCUUGGUUUUUUAAUCAAAGAAACGGAGUGCAAUGGUGAAAGAGCCAAGGAAGAAGCAUCUAACAACUUUGACACAUUAUUUGAUGUUUUGGAAGAGAGGAGAACAACUGCACUCAGGGCUAUUGAAGCUUCCAAAAACAUAAGACUGGAGAAAUUGCAUUCUCAAAUAGAAGAAUAUCAGGGACUUCUAGAAAAUAAUGGCCUGGUGGGAUAUGCUCAAGAAGUUCUGAAAGAAACAGAUCAGUCUUGUUUUGUUCAAACAGCAAAACAGCUUCAUGAAAGAAUUCAAAAAGCUACUGAAUCUUUGAAGUGCUUUAGACCUGCAGCCCAAGCUUCUUUUGAAGACUUCAUUAUUGACGUAGAAAAACAACAUGAGGCUCUUGGAGACUUGUCUUUCCAUUCAAAUGGUGUUGAUAUACCAGAAAUCAAUGAAGAACAGAGCAAAAUGUAUAACAAAGCUUUGAUCUGUUGGGAUCAUCCACAGAAAGCAGGUUCAGCUGAUACUUACAUCCUUGAAUAUCGUAAACUCAAUAGAGAAGAAGCUAACCCACCAUGGAAGGAAACUGAAGUUUUCAGUAAGAGUGAAAUCAUCUCUGACCUUGACACGAACAGCAGCUAUGUGUUCAGAGUCAGAGGAUAUAAAGGAUCUAUCUGUAGCCCUUGGAGCAGAGAAAUUGUCUUGCACACACCACCCGCUCCAGUUUUUAGUUUUCUUUUUGAUGACAAGUGUGGCUACAAUAGUGAACGUCUCAUGAUGAAUGCGAGGAGAAAUGCUGUGGAAAGCAGGGCUGGAUUUCCUCUGCUUUUGGGAGCUGAACGUAUCCAAACAGGCUGCUAUACUACCUUAGAUUACAUUGUUGGAGACACUGGUAUUGUGAAAGGGAAGCAUUUCUGGGCUUUCCAUGUGGAGCCCUAUUCAUAUCUUGUGAAAGUAGGAGUUGCAUCUCAUGCUAAGAUCCAAGAAUGGUUCCAUAAUUCUCGUGAUCUAACUAGUCCAAGAUAUGAACAAGACAGUGGUCAUGACAGUGGGAGUGAAGACAUCUUUGUUGAGUCCUUGCAGCCUUUCACACUGGUAACCUUAGGAAUGAAAAAAUUCUUUAUCCCUAAGGCGUCCCCUGCUCCAGCUGCUCCUAAAGAUUCUGGACAUAGAAUUCUUCCCAUGCCAUCAUGCAUUGGAAUCUGCCUUGACUGUGACAAAGGCAAAGUUGGAUUCUAUGAUGCAGACCAAAUGAAGUGUCUUUAUGAGCGUCAAGUGGACUGCUCUGGUAAAAUGUAUCCAGCUUUUGCAUUGAUGGGAAGCUCAGGGAUUCAUCUGGAAGAAACAAUUGCAGCAAAAAACUUGCAUUACCAAGAUGAAGACAUGUAAUGCUCAAGGAUCCAUCUUUAGCAUUAUGUCUUAAUUACACCAUAUCUCAUAAGUGCUUCUGCUGCACCUCUGCUUUUGAGUCUGUUUUUCUGUUAUAAUUGCAGAGGACAAAUGUCUAAUAUCUACCAACUGUCUGGUGCCCAGAAAAAAAUUCUUGAAGUCACCCCUUGGACUGCUGACUGCCUUUUGCCAUGCACUCUGGAUAUUCAAAUUAGCAGCCCCACUGCCCUGCAUAAUUUGGAAACCUACAUUUCUAAAUUUUAAAUCCUUACUUAACUGACACUGCUGACAUUCACAUUCCAUUUUUUAAAAUAGAAAUAGGCCCCACACAGUAGUGAAUUUCUUAUGGUUAUACAUUAUGUACGUUCAUUUUAGGAGGAGAUUAUUUUGACUACAUUGAGUGGUGAGGUGAUGUAACUAUCUUUGCAUGGUAGCAAAGUACAUUAUGGAUCCUUGCUGCAACAGAACACUGGUAAUUUUGGAGGAUAAAUAAUGAGUCAUAAUGAUUGUUUCAAAGAUAUAUUUAUUGUGACUUCUACAAAUGACUUUUAAAACUGGCGUAGCUGUAUCAGUGAUUAAUAGCAAGGUUCUUAUGUGUGUUUUCAGUACUGAAGGUUAUCUCCUAACUACUGUAUCUAAAUAUGUUUAAAUAAGUGCAAUUUCUCUUGAAACAUCAGACCUUGGUGUUGAAAACUCUGCAUAUAUAACAUUCUUCUGGAGGGAUAAAAUGCAGGCACAAGUUAUAAUAUGUAUAGGGUUUUUUAAAAAACAAAAACAAGUGAACUUUUGUUGGUACAUUUUAUACUUCAUAAAAUAAAGGUUUUUAGUGUGUUUAGAAUAAAUGCACUCUUAAUUAAGUUUGAGACACUUUUGCCUUAAGGUGUCAUCUUCCAUCGAAAUCUGUUAGCUAAAAAGCAAUCCAUAUGAAAUUGUCUAAAGCUCCAUAUAAUCUUCUUAGUGUCUGGGAAAUGUUGCUCUGAAAGAGAGGUUUAUGAAGCAUUGCACUUCUGAAUAUACUUUUCUUUUGGUGGAAAUAAAUGUGUAGUAUGUUUUACUAAGUACUGUUUCAAAACAUAUUGAACGUGCAGCAGUUUUCCAAGAUUCACCAACUGCUAGUCAUUCUGGAUCAUAAAGUAGCCCAAAGCAUUAAUUUUAGUGUGUGUUUAUUUAUGAGAUGCUGACUAAGCCAUAACUUAUUUAUUGUACAGUGAAGGUGAUAUUCUGUUUUUUUAAAAAAAUUAAAUCAUAAUUUAAUCAACAAGUGGAUUUGGGCAUUUCUUCUGCCUUUAUGCACCCUUGCUGUUUAAAUUAAAAAUGUGAUUAGUGCUGGGAAUUAGUAGAAUGCUUGGGACAUACUAAGUAAAAAAGUGGUGCUUGCUGUUCAGUUUAAGGGACCAGGGGAAAGUCUAAUCCAUCUUGCAGUACAGAGGUUCUUGCUUUUUACCAAAAUGGGAA